CUUUUGUAACAUUUUCAUUUUGACAUACAGUGCAUGUAUUGCGUUACAUGAUUUGUUGUGAUUUCGAUGAAAAUUGAAAACUAGUGAUGUGUUUCUGUUUUAGAAAUAUAAAAUUGAACUUUGACAAAUAUUCGCAAACCGAGCCCCAAGUCUCCGAGGAAUGGAUUGACGAGGACAAGUUGGAGCUAUGGGAGAUCAAACUUUAUGGUGAAAAACAGGAGAAACUGACUGCAGCCCAGGUCCUACCAAUAACUCGAACUAGCACAGGAAAGCUUCCACCAACCCGUAACAUCACAUCGUCAUCUGGCGAUUUGUCGAACUCAUCAACACCGACCAGCAAUGGUAAUAGUGCCUCAGGUUCCAGUUUGGCGAACAAAUCGGCCAUCAUCUCUAGUAAGGCCUCGAGGGAGGAAAUAAACGAACAAAUGGAACAACAACUUCGGCUACAGCGGGCUGCACACAAUCAAAAGCGUGCGAUGGAACUCAAACAGCAACAAGAUGGUGCAAACCCACCGAAACAGUCCAUUGUUCAGCGUUGUAUUAUUGUGAAAGAACCGGACGGUACAACGAAGAUUAUUCAACAGAACAUAACUCAAUCUUCACGGUCUGCUUCUGCAUCAACUUCCCAGCCGAACCAAAGGCAGCAAUCUCCCGCGCCCGCCAAACCAGAUGGUCCACAAAAAGUGCAAAUCAUUCGUGAUGGGAAGGAUGGGAAGGUUAGCGAUCGUGGUCUGAACCCUGGGCAACAACUGAUUCAAACGCCUGACGGAAAGCUACAUGUUCUAAGUGCAGCCUCUGGAUCAAACUCAACAGCGAGCAAGCAAGAAAUUGCCACUAAAGCGGGACAAAAUAUCAUCACGAAAGUGGCCACCAGUGGUGGUAGUACAACUGGUGCAACUGCUUUUUUGUCGGCUUCCCCAGUGACUACCACAUUCUACGGUUCAGUCACCGCCGCCACAAACGUCGGUACAACAGACAGUUGCAUCAACGGCUACAGCGACGGCUACCACCCAGCAGAUUGUAAACAAACCAUCCAAUAUCGUCGUCAGGAACCAAGUUGGACAGCCGAUUAAACAGAUGAUCCAGAAACAGGUCGUACAAAAGAUGAGUAAUUACUUGGUUGACAAUUGUAGAAAUAUAAAAUUGAACUUUGACAAAUAUUCGCAAACCGAGCCCCAAGUCUCCGAGGAAUGGAUUGACGAGGACAAGUUGGAGCUAUGGGAGAUCAAACUUUAUGGUGACAAACAGGAGAAACUGACUGCAGCCCAGGUCCUACCAAUAACUCGAACUAGCACAGGAAAGCUUCCACCAACCCGUAACAUCACAUCGUCAUCUGGCGAUUUGUCGAACUCAUCAACACCGACCAGCAAUGGUAAUAGUGCCUCAGGUUCCAGUUUGGCGAACAAAUCGGCCAUCAUCUCUAGUAAGGCCUCGAGGGAGGAAAUAAACUAACAAAUGGAACAACAACUUCGGCUAGAGCGGGCAGCACACAAUCAAAAGCGUGCGAUGGAACUCAAACAGCAACAAGAUGGUGCAACCCCACCAAAACAGUCCAUUGUUCAGCGUUGUAUUAUUGUGAAAGAACCGGACGGUACAACGAAGAUUCUUCAACAGAACAUAACUCAAUCUUCACGGUCUGCUUCUGCAUCAACUUCCCAGCCGAACCAAAGGCAGCAGUCUCCCGAGCCCGCCAAACCAGAUGGUCCGCAAAAAGUGCAAAUCAUUCGUGAUGGGAAGGUUAGCGUUCGUGGUCUGAACCCUGGGCAACAACUGAUUCAAACGCCUGACAGAAAGCUACAUGUUCUAAGUGCAGCCUCUGGAUCAAACUCAACAGCGGGCAAGCAAGCAAUUGCCGCUAACAUAUAUCACGAAAGUGGCCACCAGUGGUGGUAGUACAAGUGGUGCAACGGCUUUUUUGUCGGCCCCCAGUGACUACCACAUCUACGGUUCAGUCACCGCCGUCACAAACGUCGGUACAGCAGACAGUUGCAUCAACGGCGACAGCGACGGCUAUUCGUAGGGAUAUAUUUUUCCUGUAUAUCGAGCUUCUUUUCACAUCCAGUUUUAUUCCAACUACUAGCUGACGCGACGAACUUCGUCCCGCCCAAAAUAGAUUUUUUGAUUUGAAUACUUUCAAACAUCCACGUUUUCUUACUAAGUGAACGUUGAGUGCAAUCACUGAACUCUUCAUUGAUUGAUUACCCUUUGACCCUUUACAAUUUCCUUUUACUAUAAAUUGUUUAGUACUUCUACAAAAAUAUAUAUAAAGUUAUUUUCAGACACAAUU